AGCCAUGGAUUCGAAUGGGUCAAGCAUUCUCAUGGUCUGGGUGAAAGCAUGGCUGCUUUAUUUCGCUGUCGCUGAUUCAAUGCUAACAGUGGCAGUGAAUCUGGGCCUCCUGCCUCAGUUUGUCUUCGUGCCAUACCUGAUCGAUGGUGCAGGGAUUUGGGCCCUUCUGGCCCAAGUGGUGGUGUAUCCGCUGUUGAUCGGAUUCUCUGCCAUCAAAGCUCAGUACUUGACCAACAUCUUCAUGGAUUCCCUGGGUCCAGGUAGUCCAGGACCACUACAGGACACAGCUGACACCAUCGCAAUGGCGCUUGGGAUCCAAAGCAAAGAGGGGAAGGAGAAGGUGAUCUCAGCCUUACAGGUUUCUUUGCUUGUCUUCCUGGCGAUAUCCUUUGGUCUGGCAUAUUAUUUCACUGCAGAGGGCGUUGACCUUGGCUUCAUCACCGGUUUCUUGGAGGGUUCGCUCUUGAUGACCACCGUUCUGAGCUACGUUUUCCUGCUGGCUGAAGCAGUUGUGGUCCUCUCGUCUCGACGUGAGUCGCGAUUUGGAUAUGCCAGCCUAGCAGCACAGGCCAUCCUUCCCACUGAACCACCCAGCGGAACGAAAUGGACACCCUUAAUCGGAGUCGUCCUGUCAAUCUUGGCUCAGAUUGUGGUGGGUGUACUGGUUUGGUUUGAGCUCCUAGGUCCGCGCUCGGAUCAGCUUCUAAUCCUUUCAACGGCUGCGGGAUUUCUGGCUGUGGGAUUCGGACUUCAGAAGCUCUUUUCCCGAAUUCUGAAGCCCCUGGUAUUGUGUCCCUGCAUCUCAUGCUUUGGGCUGGUCAUUCUGCUGGCCUUUGGGAUUGCAGUUCUUACAACGUUGGUGCCUGCACUCUUUGGAGACAAUCCGUACUAUCAGCUGGAUGAAUCAUUCUUUGAGCCGGCGCCAAAGGGUAGUAGCUUCAACACAACGCACCGAGCACCUGGGGAUCCCCUUGGUUUCGGGGCCUAUCCCGUCUGCAAUUUGAUGCAGUGGGAUCGGCUGCAGCCUUUGGAUGGCAGCCAACUUUUGGCUCUCGACCUCAUGAUAUUCGCAUAUUCCAGCUGGCUGAAUAGUAGCGAAGACAUCAUGGCAGACGUGAAGAAUAUGAGCCUCAACACAGAGAUUGAAAACAUUGAACUUGAAUUUGUGGCACCAGUUCGCCAGAUGGCCCGAGUGGUGUCGUGGAGACUUCCGGACGUCAAAAAGCGAGUGGUGGCAAUUCGAGGCUCCAGCUCAGCAAAUGACUGGCUCUUCAACCUUGACAUUUGGGGCCCUGCCGUGUUCUUCAGCCUGGUGCGUUCGGCCUUACCCUUCGGUGGUGCCAUCCCGAGCAGCUUCAUCCACCAGGUGCUGUCGCUGGAUGUGCGGCUGCUGCUGGGCUUGCCAGCACCAUGGCAACCCGUCGUGGAUCAGAUCAAGAAACUGAAGGCGAAGAGCAAGGAAGAUGGCUUUGAUAUGGUGCUCACAGGAGUUUCUCUCGGUGGUGGAAUGGCAGCCAUGAUUGGAAGCAAAGAAGGUAUUCAGACCUUGGCCAUCGCACCUGUGGGCUCAGCCAUGACGCAGUACCGGGUGACUCAGGGCAUUGUGGGUGAAGAGGUGCCAUUGGAAAGCACCGUGGUGGAGAUCACACCUUGGGGUGAUCUGAUUCCUUUGCUACUCGACCAGCAAGAAGGCACCGUACAAAAAACCGCCUGCACAGCAUUCAAUCCAUGGACCUGCCACACGCCCAGUCAGAUCAUUUGCGAGCUUGGCAGAAAAUGCGGCGAUCCGCGAAAUCGCAGUUUGGAGAGGCAUUGCUCGAAGCAGGUGGGUGAAGAUUGGAAACAGGUUCCCUGGAAACGGUUUGCUUGGCACAGCUUCCUUUAAUGCGCCUAUGCUACUCGCUGGGCAGGCCGUACCUGGUUUCAUUGUCCCAAAGCCUUGGACAUCUUUCAUGGAAACAUGUGGAAACCAUUUGAAUUAAGCCGACAGACUGUAGAGCGCCAAUGAUGUGCUCAAUGGUGAUCCUGUCGAGUCUCUGCUGAGAGCCACUUGAUGGCGUGCAAACGCGAGAACGCCUCAAAA